AUGGCCCCCAUAUACGUGAAGGGAGGAGUUUGGACCAAUGUUGAGGACGCCAUUCUCAAAGCUGCGAUUUCGAAGUAUGGGCUAAAUCAAUGGGCUCGUGUGAGCUCCUUACUGGAGAAGAAAACAGCCAAACAAUGUAAGAUGAGAUGGCAAGAAUGGCUCGAUCCAAGAAUCAAAAAGCUCGAAUGGACCAAAGAGGAAGACCAAAAAUUGCUCGAGCUUGUUCGACUCCGCCCAAACCAGUGGAACAGUAUUAGCAUGCUGAUGAAUAGAACCGCAAACCAGUGUAUCGAAAGAUACCAACAGCUGUUGGAUGAUAAUCUGGACGACUCCGACUUACGGCUUACAGGAAACAUGCAACAGGCCGCUUUGGGCGCAGAUUCCUUAAACUUAAACCCCGAGUCGAAACCUGCGCGUCCUGACUUUGAGGAUAUGGACGAUGACGAGCGUGAAAUGCUUAGCGAGGCCCGUGCGAGACUGGCCAACACGCAGGGCAAAAAGGCGAAAAGAAAGGCGCGGGAGAGGAUGCUUGCUGAAAGUCGACGUGUUGCAAUUGUUCAGAAACGUCGAGAGCUGAAGCAGGCAGGCAUCAACUCCAAGUUCCGCACCAAGAAGAAGUUUGCUACGCAAAUGGAUUACAAUAACGAUGUUGCAUUUGCCAGGGAGCCGGAAGAGGGCAGGUUUGAUACCAGCGAGGAGAAAUUGCAAAAUCUCAGAGCACGACACGAAUUUGAUGACAAAGCAGAGCGCAACCAAGCUCCAAAUCUGGAGCACGACAAACUAGAUAAGAAGCGACGGAGACAGGCCAAAGAGGCUCGCACGACAUUUCAAGGAGCAGCUCAGAGUUACGACGACGACCUUGAGUUUAAGAAGAGGAAACUGGAGCUCAGUGCACCAGAGGAGGACCAACAAGUUGUGGAUAUUGACGCGAAGAUCAAGGAUGCAACCAAGGAUCUAAAUCGUGCAACGCAUGAAAAGUCUAUUUUAUUUACCAAAGCUGACGAGGAGCAAGAGGAGGAAAGCGAUCCAUUGGAGCCAAAAGAAUCGCUGAGUAGCAAGCUGGCCAAGCUCCCUGCCCCGCUGAAUGACUUUGAGAUUGUGGACAGCGACAGCGAGCAGGAGGAGCCGGCGCCACAGCCGGAACCCAAAAUAGAAACUGUGCCGGUGCGGGAUGUUCCUAAUGCGGAAACAGCUAAUAAAAUCUCCGAUUUGAAGCUCCCUGCUCCUGAUCGCAAAAGCUUGUUGGAAUUGGCCAAACAGUCAUCCGGGGUGGACAGACUGGUUCUGGAGGAGAUGGUCCGUCUUGUGGAAGGCGAGGUGUCUGGAGUGGAAACCCCAGAAAUUGUGGAAGCAGCUAUAGAAGCUGAAUUAUCAGCGCUCGAUUACAAUAAGUACGUUGCAGCGGUGGAAAACAGUUCUGCCACAGACAAUGCAGAGCAGCUACUAAAGAACAUCAGACAAGUUUCGGAACAGUCAGGUCAGCUGGAGAAAAAGUUUGCGGCCUUAACUAACGGUUAUCUCCGCAACCAGGCUGCCCUCUGCAAAGACAUAGCCAACAAGUACGGGGUGCUCAGUGACUUGGACAGAGAGUGUGUUGUGUACGAGCAGGUGAAGGGGCUUGAGGAGCGUGCAAUCGAAUAUAGAUCCUCAAGCUUGCAAGAAUCAAUAGACAGAAUGACCGUUGCCAUUGGCGACGCCCAGCAACGUUUACGUAACAGAGCAUAA